AUGAACUUUUAUUUUGGUAUUUCCACUACCUCCAGGCGUUUCCCCUCUAUUGGUGCUGGACUAGAUUUCUCAUUUCUCUCGUCUGAGACAGCUGAGAUUAAUAUCAAGUUGACCAUGGGCUACAUUUCUCCAUUUUGGCUCCAGGAGAUGGGGGUUCUACCCCUAAUCAUUAGCGUCAUAGCGAUUUUUAUGAGGCUAAACAUAGAUUCCCAUGAUUGCUUUUUAUCGUUUGAUAUUGCACCCUCUUGCCAAAUAUCCGGGCCAUUUUGGAACAAACUGCCCCGUCGUCCGCAUCGGUCCGUCAACAGCGCAUCUGCUAUCAGGCAAAUAUAUAGCCGAAAGGCAAACGUGCAAAAAGGGGACUGGUUUCGAACUUUAUAUGCUGCUGCAAAGGCACAUACCGUGCAUAGCGAGACUGAUGAAGUAAAACAUGGUUUUCGACGCCGAAUUAUAGAGCAUGCGUUUUCAGAUGCAGCCCUGAGAUCCUCCGAAGUCUUCAUUUUGGAAAACAUCCAGACAUUUUGCGAGAAGAUAAGUGAAACUGCGACUAACCGCGGAGAAUGGGGGAGCGAGGAACAUAGAUAUGUUCCAUCUCUGAUGGUGUCAUCUAGCCAGUUCCUUUACUAUGUGUGUUUAACUAAUGAACCCCACGGAGGCUUUGCACUGAGCGUUUGGAUUUCAAAAAAGAGCUUUAUGCACUAUCUGAUUAAUAGGAAAGAUCCGGAGACUGAUAAAGGCCUUUCACGAGAAGAACUCGCCGCUGAGAGUAGUCUUCUAAUUGCCGCCGGUUCUGAUACCACUGCAGAAGCCUUUUCAGGUGCCAUCUUUUACUUCCUCUGCUACCUAGAAUGUUUAAGGGAAGCCAUUACCGAGGUCCGGUCCACAUUCAACUCUAUCGAAGACAUUCGUGGCAGCAACAUGGUUAACCUUGUAUAUUUGCGUGCAUGCGUUGACGAGGCACUGAGGCUUGCUCCUCCACAGACCGUCAAUCUGAUGGUAGAAGUGUUAAAAGGAGGUCUUACGGUGGACAGAAACUGCUUCCCGCAGGGUACCACACUUGAUGUUGCCCCAUACAGCACACCUGAGAGUGCCGUUAGAGCCCGAUCUACUUUCCUCGCAUUUGGUUAUGGACCCCGAAUUUGUAUUGGGAAGAAUUUGGCUUAUCUAAAGCUCAUGUUAACUCUAGCGACGUUGCUAUUCAAAUUCGACAUUUGUCUCCCUGAGGACAAAAGGCUUCAAGAGCCCAGUGGAGAGGGAGAUCCUAACAAUAAACACCCUGGACGACGAAGACACAAUGAGUAUCAGUUUAUUGAUUGCAUCUUGCCCUUUAAGGAUGGGUCUAUGGUCCAAUUUAGAGAGAGGAAGCUUUCCGAUUAA